AUGGUUUCUUCGUGGUGGGGCUCAAGCGCACUUGACGAGAUUAUUGAAAAGGCCACUUCGGAGUUGCUUCCUGCAGGCCAAGAAGACUUGGCCUUGCAUCUCGAUAUUAGCGAUCAAAUUCGUAGCAAAAAAGUAGCCCCCAAGGACGCUAUGCGAGCAUUGAAACGAAGAUUGAACCAUAAGAAUCCCAACGUCCAACUGUCGACAUUAUCGUUAUUGGAUACCUGCGUAAAAAACAGUGGCGAUGCGUUUGUGAAAGAAAUUGCAAGCCGAGAAUUCAUGGAUGAUAUGGUGUCUAUUAUGCGUGCACCCGGUUGCAACUUGGAUGUGAAGAACAAAAUUUUAUCCGUCAUACAGACCUGGGGAAUUGCUUCCAAAGGGAAAUCGACAUUGAGUUAUAUGACCGACACUUAUACCUUAUUGAAAGCUGAAGGAUAUGUGUUUCCUCCUGUCAAGGAGCACGUUGAUUCGAUUCUUCUAGAAACUUCGGCUGCACCCGAGUGGACCGAUUCCGAUGUAUGUGAGCGUUGUCGCACUCCGUUUACCGUGACGAAUCGAAAGCAUCAUUGUCGCCAAUGUGGUGGCACUUUUUGUCAGCAAUGUUCGUCAAAGAAUAUGCGAUUACCGCAUCUAGCCAUUAACGAAGAAGUGCGAGUGUGUGAUGGCUGUUACAUCAAAUUGAAACUGGCCAGGGUGGCGAAAAAGGAAAGUUUGCAGGCAGCUUACAGCAGCGGCAGUUCACCGACUCCGGCGCCAUCCCAAACAAUUCCAUCGGCUGCGAAAAAAUCGACAGAGCCCGAGGACGCAUUCGACGAUGAUCUUAAAAAGGCGAUCGAGCUGUCGUUGAAGGAAGAAGAACAGCGAAAAAAUAGAUACGGUGCGGGUUAUGCUCCGCCACAAUCGUCGGUUUCCCAGCGCCCCGCUUCGCCUACGCCAAAGGCCAUGGAAGAGGAAGAUCCAGAUUUGGCAGCGGCCAUUGCUGCAUCGCUUCGAGAUAUGCAGAUCUCAGCACCUUCAGCGCCUUCCAACUAUGAACAGCGAUCGUACGUACCACCCAACGAUGAUUUAUCCAUGGUGGAAACCGAAAAUAUCCAACUGUUCUCCAUCCUCAUGGAACGACUGCAUGCAUCCGGUGGCGAUGUUUUCCGAGACCCUCAAAUCAAUCAACUCUACGAACAAAUUGGAGCUUUGCAGCCCAAACUUUUCAAGAGUUUGGAUGACACCAACCGCAAACACCGUACUUUUGUGGAAUUGCAUGAAAAGCUCAAUUUAGCAGUGAGAACGUACGAUCGGUUAUUGGAAGAACGUGUCAAGGGUGCUUAUACCAAAGGCGGAGCAAGUUAUCCAUACUACAGCAACGGACCCUCCUAUGGUUCCAUGGCUACACCACCAACAGAACCAUCACCGGCUCUGUAUCCCAACGUCCAAGCUUCCAACUACUACCCUAUGCCGAAUGGACCCGCAAAUAUGUACCCACCUUCAUCAGUAGCUGAACCUGCCGCUCCUUACUAUCAGGCACCGAUGAACGAUCCUUAUGCCGCCAACGCUUAUGCGCCGUCUGGGGUACCUGAUGCCAAUGCUGGUCAGGUUCCUCCCGCCCCAUCGACCGCUCAGCAGCCAAUCUACAACGUCCAACCUACUUCCGUCCCCUACGAUCAAUAUCAACAAUCACCCCAGCAUCAACCGCAGCAGCAACAGCAACAACCUGUCUAUGGUUAUGCAUCCCCUCAUCAAACCCAAAUGUAUCCACCACAGCAGCAACCGCAACCGCAACCGCAACAGCAACAGCAACAGCAGCCACCAGCUCAGCAAUAUCAACCACCGAAAAAGGUGGAUGAGGCACCUCUUAUUGAACUUUAA